GGAUGGGAAUGGGGCAGGUAAUGGUAAGACUCACCUUUGACGGGAAGGUCUGCAUACCCGGUUAGGAUAUAGUUUUACUGCUGUAACAGAAUUACCCAAAUUAACUGCCUAAAACAAGGCAGGUUCUUUCCAUGGAACAAAAAGUCUGGCUGGACCAUCCAGGGUGGGUGGGGUGGUUCCACAGUCCUCCAGGCCCCUCCUAUUUCAUUGCUCUGCCUUCCUCAGCAUUCAGCUUCUACCUCAUAACCCAAGAUGGCUGUUCAAGCUCCAGCCAUUACAUUUGCAUUUGAGCUAGUGGGAGGGGCAAGAAAUGUUGUUCACACCACUUUAAUCACUGCAUUGGGCAGACCACAGCUACUGAUAGCCUCAGGGAAGGCUGGGCCAUACAGUCUUUAUUGUAGGUAGCCACAUGCCCAGCUAGAAUCCUGUUCUAAGGAGGAGGAUGGGGUAGCAAGCGAGAAUUAUGUGGCAUUGACUGUGGCGGGAAGUAUGGGCCUCACUCCUAGGCAGAUGAGGCAGGUAGGUUGUGUUCUCAUGCUCUUAGUGGGGCUGACCCUGGUGUAGGCCUUUGUGAGGUUCACGGCAGGGGUGGGUAUUUGUAGGGCCCACCUCCGCUCAGGUGCAAGCUCACACUUGCCCAAUGUGCCUGCAGACGGCCUUGGUGCAGGAGGUGCACCAGAACUUCUCAGCCUGGUGUUCCCAGGUGGUGCGCCUGUACCCGGGACAGCGGCACCUGGAGCUGGAGUGGACGGUGGGACCAAUACCCGUGGGUGAUGACUGGGGGAAGGAAGUCAUCAGUCGUUUUGACACUGCGCUGGAGACAAAGGGACUCUUCUUCACCGACAGCAAUGGCCGGGAGAUCCUGGAGAGGAGGCGGGAUUAUCGUCCCACCUGGGAGCUGAACCAGACGGAGCCAGUGGCAGGAAACUACUAUCCAGUCAACACCCGCAUUUACAUUACGGAUGGGAACAUGCAGCUGACAGUGCUGACCGACCGCUCCCAGGGGGGCAGCAGCCUGAGCGAUGGCUCCAUAGAGCUCAUGGUGAGUGGUCUGAGCCCAUCUAAGCCAGGCUUCUCCCACCAGGCCCCCCGCCCCUGCUGGACCGGGAAGCCAGGUUCUCUGCUAGUUACACCCUUCUGUUUGGGGUCCCCCAAGCUGCGACCUCCAUUCUUAUGUAAGAAGUUUACUCCAUGCAUUUUUUUUGAGGCCCCGCCCCAGCUCAGCCCAGCCCCUCGGCUCAGCACCGCCGUCCGGCUCAGCCCCGCCCCGUCCCCUUCUUCCUUCAGUUCUCGGGAUGCGGCGGAGCUGCCGCCCAAUGUGCACCUGCUCACACUAGCCCGCUGGGGCCGGGAAAUGCUGCUGCUGCGCCUGGAGCACCAGUUCGCUCUAGGGGAGGACAUGGUCGGCAACCUGAGCUCUCCAGUUACCUUGGACUUGAGGGACCUGUUCUCUGCCUUCACCAUCACCGACCUUAAGGAGACCACGCUGGCUGCCAACCAGCUCCGGGCCAAGGCCUCCAGGCUCCAGUGGGCACCAAACACGGGCCCCACACUCAAGCCCUCUCCCUCCCGGCUGGACCCUGCCAGCAUCACACUGCAGCCCAUGGAAAUCCGCACCUUCCUGGCCUCCGUCAGGUGGGAAGAGGAAGGCUAGACCUGCUGGGGGCGCUGCCCCCUUUCCAGCUGAGCCCCCUCCUGCAGGGGUCAGGCCAACUUCCCCUUCUCUUCUUGCUGCUGUUACACCAGUGAAAGCCAUUAAAAUGCCACUACCAAGCCUUG